AAAGCUGAGUGACCGCUAGAUCACCGAAAGCAGUAUACAGGAAGGUGCGUAGUACCUUGAUAACGCAAAGCUUAACGACAUGCCUCCUUACAGGUAAUGCAAGAUGCUGAAACCACGGCAAUCAGGCAUCCCGACACCCGGACGCGCCCGCUCCCUGUCGCGAUCCCAAUCAUACAGCCAUCUACAUACGACACACGAAGAAGAGGAGUUAUCUCGCGCAUUUGAGGACGUUAUGCGGGGGAGGCCACCAAGUAUCACUUCUUAUCCCAACCCCACUGUAUCGUCGCGGGCGAAGACGCCGGUUUCGAAACCGCCGGGGAAGCUCAUUGCAUCGACCAGCAGACCCCCGAGUAGGACCGCAGGCCGACCACCUUCCACCUUACACGCUUUCGAAGAAGGCGAUAAGGUGCGCAUCGAGAGCCUGGGGUUUGAGGGGACGCUGCGAUAUGUGGGGGAGAUUGAGGGUAAGGGAGGACUGUGGGCAGGGGUAGAGCUCUCCGGCGGUUUCGCUGGGAAAGGGAAGAAUGAUGGAAGCGUUGGAGGGAAGCAGUACUUCACCUGUCCGCCACAUUGUGGCGUCUUCGUUGCUACAACAAAACUCAGCGCAGCUACUACAGGUGUGACGAGGAGACCACCUUCAGCACUAGCCGGACGAGCAACGCCGUCUUCGUCCGGAAGACCACCGUCCUCAGUUGGAGGACGCACUACACCAUCUAUCUCGAAUGGCAGAAUCACACCUAGUACCAAUGGCCGGGUUACUCCAUCGAUAUCAAACGGAAGAGUUACACCCUCAACCAGUUACACAAGGAAGCCAGCAGUGCCGACAAUUACACCUGCUCCGCGUCUACCUAGAAAGAGCCUCAGUACAGUAACGCCGACGCCCGGUACCAGAGCUAGUAAAUAUGCCGGCAUGACCGCUACGCAACUCCGGAGCUCGCCGCAGAAGAUCUCUUCGCCCAGUUCGAUUGGAUUAGGGUCUCCUAGUGGUAUUGCGAGGAGUGUAUCAUCUCCUAGAUCUAUUUCGAAUGUUGGCGGCGCGCCGUCUUCACCGUUUGCCACUCCGAAACCUUCUUCAAAGAGACGGGUGCCUAGCGGUGUGGCGAUGCCCCCUCCACCAUCACCAAUCAGGUCUGUAUCACCAACGAGGAGCACCAGCGUUGGGAGCAGCGUGUCUCCAUCUGUGACCGUCGAUUUAGAUGCUCGAAGUCGUGACAUACAAGCGCGCAUAGCUGAAAUCUCGGGCGGAGGUACUGGGAAGGGUCUGGACUCCCCAUUUUCGGGUUCGUUCAAGACUGAAAUGCUACCCCCGGCUUCGAGUCCGGGUCCAUCACGGACUAGUCCUCUCCCCAGGCGUUCACUGGGACUCACACCCUCAUCUCCAAGUCCGAGAAGGUCGAUGGCUUCUAGUCCUGCCGUUCGACCGGAAUCAAGCAUUUCAGUAAGAAGUGAUGGGAGGAUGGAGGCACUGAUAGACGACAAUGAGCGUCUACGAGCUGAUGUGGAGCAGUUGAAGGCAGAUAUGGCGAAGCUGGAAAGUGAGAAGGCGGCCAAGGACGAUGAGAGGGAGAAGCUGAAGCUAGAGAUUGAGCGAGCGAAGGAGUUGAAGGAGGAAGAAGAGAAGAGGCGCGAAGAGAUUGAGGGAAAGCGGGAGGAGCUGGAGACGAGACGGGAGGAGCUAGAAAAGCGGGUGUCAGACCUCGAGGGUGAAAUACGCGAGAAGGACGUUGCUGGAGAUGCCCGUUUGAAGGAGCUCGCUGACUUGGAGAGCAAGUUCAAGGAGGGCGAAGCCGAGGUUGGAAAGCUGAAGAAGGCGAUUCUAGCUUUGGAGGAAGAGCGGUAUGACUUGAUGAGUCAAGUAGGCGAGCUUCGGGAGGCUGGGCAAGAGACGAUCGCAUUGUAUGAAGAGCGACUUCGGGCGACCGAUGUGCAAAAGUAUGAGAUGCAAGAUCGACUUGCCGAGUUGGAGGCACGUAUCCCUGCUGUUGCGCCUCCUACCAUCACUCUCAGCGCCGGACAAGAGAUCGACAACGAGACGCUGAGAGACCAAGUGCUGCAUCUGCAGAAGAAGAUCGCCGGCCUGGAGGAUAUGAUCGAGGAUGGGAGAGUUGCUGCUGAGCGAGAAGAGGGAGCAUGGAGAGAGAGGAUGAAGAAAGUGAAGGAGGAGAAGGAGGCGAUGAGGAGGGAGCUUGGUGAGGGUAAGAGGGAGGCGGAGCGUGCAAGGACGAGCGAGGACGAGGAGAGGGGACGGAGGGGCGAGGUCGAGGAAGCGUUGAGGGAGAGUAUGACUGCUCUUGAAGAAGCUAGAGCCGAGCUUGAAGGACUGAGAAGCGAGUUAAACCAGCUUAAUGGUCUCGACGACAAGGAGGAGCUCGCACACAAGAAUGCAGAGUUGCAGCAAAUUGCGGAAGAGCAGGUCGCCCAGCUUGACAAGCUGCAUCAGCGAUUAGACGACCAGACCCUCGAGCUCGAGGCGUUGAGGAAGAAGGUCAACCGGGAGGCCGUCGUUACGUCGUCGAAGAGCGAGAUGAAGAGUGCGCAGGAGGAGAUUAAGGGUCUGAAGCAUAUCGUGCGGGAGCUCCAGGCUGAGGCAUCUCGUUUGGAGAGCGAGAAUAAGAUGCUUAUUGGAGAGAUGGAGGAGUUGCGCCAGGAGGUGAAGAUCCUGGAAGACAGCAUGGAUAGGGAGGAAGAAGGUGCUCUUAAUGACGAUGUCGAGGAUAUGAGGAAGAAGCUUGCGGAGGCCGAGAAGAAGAAUUUGAGGGUUACGAGUGAUCUCAAUAAGGAGAUCAGCGAGCUGGAGGCUUUGGUGGAGAGUAAGAUAUAUCGAGAGGUGGGUGGUGGCUUUUCUUUCGAUGGCGUUCUUGCCUUUCCAUCAGGUCUUCUCCCUUGAAGGAUUGGGAUGUCUUGUUUUUCGAUACUGUAUACUUACCACUGUGCUCACAGGACGAACUCGAACAAGAGAUCGAACGUCUCAAAGCCAAGCUAGCGAAGAAGUCCUCUUCCUCAAAACUCAGUGAUAGCUCAUCGCUACGCCGCGUUCCAUCUACUUCGAGUCUUGUCAGUCUUGAUUCGAAUACAGUCGUUUGCGAGAUCUGUGAACGGCCGGGGCAUGAUAUAUUCAGCUGCG